AUGACGUCGGCGCGUUCUACCGGUCUGCUCAGGUUCGCAACACUGGGGGUGCUCGCCAGCAUAUACACCGGCACCUCUGCAUUUUCGUUCAGCUAUUCAUCGCCUGUACAAUGCGAUGACCUUACUGUGUCUUGGACGGGUGGUACUGCUCCCUUUUCGCUCCUGAUAACGCCGUUCUAUAGUACACCACAGAACAUAUCGAUACCAGCCAGCGCAUUCAACGGUACCCAUGGAUCCUACACGACAACACUCCGAGUGACGGGCAAAUCCAACGCGGGCCGCUUCUUACUCACGAUGUCAGAUGCAACUGGAGUUGGUAGUGGUGGUACAUCUGGUAUUCUUACCGCGGGAACAGGAACUACUUCCUGUAACACCACAGACCCCGGUACCGAUUUUGUCUACAGCCUCGACCGCUCAUUGCAACAAUGUCGCCCGUAUAUAUGGAGUCACUAUGAGUCUGCUUCCCAGCCUAUUACUAUUACCGGGCUCAUUCCUUUGGGAAAGACGUUUGUUCUUAACGCCCCGCUCGGUGAUUCAUUUACCUGGACUACUAAUGUCGCUUCAGGAACCAAUGUUGUGUUCAUUGUGGUCGAUGCUCAAGGGCGGCAGGGUGGUUCUACUGACUUGUACACAGUCGGGUCGUCUGAUGAUAAUACUUGCAUUACCAGCGACUCCCCUGGGUCUACGGCCCAGGCUGGUACAUCCAUAUCUACACCCACAGCAUCGCCCUUACCCUCUUCAACCUCUGCACCUGCUGGCCAAAAUAACAGUGCCGCUAUAAUUGGCUCCAGCAUUGCGGGAGGUGCGGUCUUCCUGGUUGCGAUUGCCUCCCUCGUUUGGUUCUUCCUCCUCAAAAAUCAAAAACGUCGCCCCGACGAAGAGGACGACUCGAUGCGUGGCAUUAAUGCAAGCAAACGACGUGGCCGAUCCGUAGACUUACUCCCUGACGACCAUUCUGUGCGCAGUGCAGUGGGAGCCGCAGUUAGAUACCCCUUACCAUCCCCUCAGACUGGAGACCCACUCGAUUCAGAGCGCGGCAGGAGUGUGUAUGAUCCGGACCCUUACGUCCUGCCCCCACCUCCAGACGCUUAUGGCUACUUCCCAAGAGUCUCGAGCAUCCAUGAGGAGGAAUUGAGCCAACCUAGACAUACACGCGUCAUGUCUAACGGCACAUCCAUGACUGGCAUGUCGAAGGCUCAAAUGGCUGCGGCUGCUUCAGCCUCUGGCUCCACACGAUUGCAGGGUCCCCAGCGGUUCAUUCUACACACCGACGCUGGGGAGGUAGACGAUGACGAAGUCGUAGAAUUACCUCCUAUGUACACCCAAGUACAACCUAGAAGGACACCUGCACCUACACCAACAACGACGGAUACAUCACGUUCCGGACCAAGCAUCGUAGAUGACCCGUUGAGAUCUUGA